AUGUUCAAAAUAGCGGGAAUAGAGAGAACAAAAGAAAGCUUCCUCGACAAGAUCCAGAGGCUGCCUGGGAAAGGCGGGGUUGACGAGGUUAUAGACAGGCUCAGGAAGCUCAAGAUCUUUUCUGCAGUGGCCAGGGCCGGCGAUGGGCUAUCUGUCACGGAGGAGAAAAGAAGAAUCAGCUUCAGCGGAGACACAACAGGAAGGGUUCCAAAGGGGUAUCUCAAGCUGAAGCUUCCAAACCUGCUUGGAGGGGCAGAAAAUCUCGAGGCCUCCAUAUCCACCUCGAAGGACAUGAGUCUCCGAUUUACUAGGCCUAUUCUUCACGGGUCUCUGAGCUUCUUCAGCAUAUUUGGACUGAAGGAUGUGAUGAAGUCUCCACACGAGGAGUAUCCCCACACUCGCGUAAGCCUAGAGGUUGAGAAGGAAGACCAGAGGAUAUGUGCCGGGCGGGAAAAGAUCGGAUAUCUCGACCAGGUGUUUGUAGAGAUCAAGCAAAAGAUGUCGGGCAUUGGGAUUAAGAGCAAGAUCGGCAUCUUUGACUCGCGGUCGUGCAGGGUGUUUCUGAAGACACAGGCCGAGACGGUGCUGAGAAAGACCUUUCCAAGAAGUCUGUUCACGGACCUGCGUCUUUCCACGGGAACGAUACUUGGAGAGCCGCAUAUAGCAGAAAGGUACUAUCUUGGAGAGAACAUCAGGGGGUACAAGGGCAUGAGUAUAUCUCCAAGCAACUGUGGCCUGAAGAUUGGAGGAAGCUCCUUCUUCGAGGCGUCUCAUAGAGUGGGUGUAUCCAAAUGGGAUGCAAAGGGGUUCGUCUUUUGGUCGCUAGGGUACGUGUCUGAGAACAGAAGCAUAGUGGAAGGCCUCAAGUCUGCAAUACAGUCCCGGUCUUACAAGGACGACGAAUGUUUUGGGGCUUCUGUUGGGUUGGGGGCAAGCGUACCUGUUAUGAGGGCCAAGGACGGCCCUGUGGUAACAAUGAGCUUUGCAGUCCCAAUGACCAACAACAAACAGGUCCAGAGGCUGCAGUUUGGGUUUGACAUGGAUUUCUAG